GACGAGGAGGAGGAGGAAGCGGCGGGCCCACACCGCCUGGAGGAGGCCGGGUCGGCUUCGGAUGCUGGGAGCGAGGCCAUCGCGCACUUGGAGGAGGCGCUGGCGGACCUCCCAGAGCUCCCGUCCCCGCCCAGCUUGCCGGGGGACGAGGGCGCCACCGCGGGCGGCAGCAGCGAGGCUGGCGGCAAGGCGAACAACGAGCCCGUGGCGGGCGCUGUUGAAGGCGACUCCGCGGUCGGCGCCGAAGAGGGAGCUCCCGCAGAGAAUGCAACGAGCUUGCCCGAUCUCAUCCGCGGCGUGUACGAACGCAACAACCCAGCCAAGCUGGAGGAGCUGCCGCAGCUGUUGGUGAAGUACGGCGACUCCCUCGGCGACCUAUAUGCGACCGUGUGCCAAAAGUAUGGCGAGGAUCCCCGCGGCACGACGCACAAGGACGCUGCGUCAGACCACAUGGUGGAAAAGAGGACGGCACAGGGCACCAGCAAGAAGAAGAGGAAAGGAGACAAAAAAAAAGAAAAGAAGGAGAAACAUGGCGGCGAGAAAAGGAAGAAGAGCAGGGCAGACGACGGCGGCCGGGGCGCCCUGAGCAGCACCAGCAGCGCUGGCGGUGCCGAGGCUUUCGGCGGGGCUGAUCCGCAGUUGCAGCCACCGGCAAUUGCCGCCCCAGAGCCGCCAGACCCCGUUGCUCAGGAAGCACGGGCCAAGAAAAAGAAAAAGAAGGAGAAGGGGGAGAAGGGUAAGCGCAAGGCGAAGGACGUGGAGGACAAGAAGGUCACAGGGCCCAGCGCCGCCGACGCCGUGGCGCCAGGGGGAGACUCCGCCCGCCUGCGAUUGCUGAUCCGCGGGGUGUACGAGCGCAGGAAUCCUGGCAAGCUCAGCACGCUCGGCGCGCUGCUGGACAGAUACACGGGUUCCGAGGCGGAGGUCUACGCCCAUGUCUGCAGGAAGUACGGCGAGACUCCAGAGGUCCUGCUUCCCGCUGGGACUGGCGAGCCCGCGCCCGAGGCGGCCGCAGGCGCCCCGCCGAAACGGGCUUACGCGGUCAAGGCGGGCGCCUCGCCGCCCGCGCCCGCGGCGAAAGUGGGCGCCGCGGUGGCGGCCGCCGCACAGCCCCCGCCGCCUAGGGCAGGGCCUGACGGACCGGCAGCCGCGAGAGCUGCAAGUGCAGCAACGGCUGCGCCCCCGCAGGCGGCUGCAAAGGCGUCGUCCCCAGUCGCUGAGGCGUCUGACGAUAGCAACGUGGGCGGCUGGCCCUUCCUCAACGUAGAGUACUCACCCAACAGCGCCACUGACGACGAGGGCGGCAUGACCAGGGGCCGCUCGAACGUUGGCGGCCUUCCCCGCGCCGUGCAGCCCACGGUUGCCGCCGAUAGUUCCGCCCCACGCCGGCCCCGCCCAGUCUCGGCCUUCGCGCGGCGUCUGCUGCUCGAUGCGUUGCCGCCGCCGGUCGCACGCAGCGUGCGCGCCGCGCCCACGGCGCCCGCUGAGGAGUCGACAGCGACCGCGGCACCAGCGACGGCGCCGCCACGUGGAGCCACGGGCGCGGUCGAGGCGGCGCCAGCACCCGCGGCCGUUCCGCCGCUGCGUGGGGCACCUCACACAGGCGAGGCGGCGCCACUGGCGGAGCCUGUCAGCCCACAUCGCUUGCGCUCCGCCACGGCGGCCGCGGUGGCACAGCCAGAAGCGCCGCAGCACCACCAUGGACGUCAAGUCAGAGAGCAAAUAGCGCUGGCUUCGCUGGGGAGCCGUGGCGGCGAAGCAGCAGCCGCCGCAACAGCUGCUGACGACGCGCGGGCGCCAUCCCCUUUGUCCUCAUCCUCUUCGAGCGCGCAGGUGCCAUCGACACCUUGCCCGACGGUGCAGCCAUUGGUGCCGACGCGGCUGGCUGUGGCAGGCGCCACGCUGGUGGACCAGCCCUCGCCCAUCUCGGUUGCGACCACAAGGACUGCCGCUCUCGCUCCAGAUGAGCUUGGCAGGACGACCGCCCUCGCGCCAGGCCAGGCCGGUGACCCGGCCGCCUUCGCGGCCGAGGCCCCCCGGAGGGAGGAGCAGCCCAGGCCUGCCGCCGCUCCGACGGCCGAGCUGAGAAGCGCCUCUCCUGCGGCGGGGCUGCCAGCUGCCCCUUGGGGGGCGGCGGGCGCCCGGCCGGCUGCGGCAGCCACCUCCGACGUGACCCUGGCGGCCGCGGCGGCACAGCCCUCGGAGGCCGAGUCGCCGCUGGCGGCUCCCACGCGGCCGUCUCCUGUCCCCCUGGAUGGCCCCCCGACCCAGCUGGCGCCCGUCCGCCAGCCGGAGGCAGCGGCGGCCCCUCCGACGGCGGCCCAGCCGGCGGCCCUUCCGACGGAGGCCCAGCCGGUGCCCCUCCGCCAGCCGGAGACCGCCGCGGCCCUUCCGACGGCGGCCCAGCCGGUGCCCCUCCGCCAGCCGGAUACAACGGCGGCCCUUCCGACGGCGGCCCAGCCGGCGCCGGAAGAGGCGGCAUCCCAGCCUGCCACGACGGCGCAGCCAGCGCCGACCCAGCAGCCCGUUGCUGUGUCCAUCCCACCAGCGCCCGUGGCGACCGCGGCGGAAGCUCCGCCGGCGGAGGUCGAGCAGGCACCCGCUCGGUCAGAAGCACAGGCGCUCACAGCAGCAGCGCCGUGGGCAGUCCCCUCGGCCGCGGCGGGGGGACCAGAACCACAGCGGGCCGGCUCUCCCCCUGCUGUGCCCUCCCGAUCAUCGUGCACGCUGGAGACGGCCCCCCCUGCUGCGGCCCAGGUCGCUCUCGAGGAGGCGCAAGACAUGCACGUUUGGCCAGAGGCCGAGAUCCUCUCUGAGAGCCCGCUGGACGAGGAGAGCCCCGCCGGGGCUUGCGGCGGCGGCGGGAGCACGACAGAGGCGGAGGACACGGAGGAGGGCGUGGAUUCCGACGACGACGCAGCUGGCGCCAGCGUCAAAGGCACGGGUUCUCGCUCGAUGGCCGUCACACCAUCCCAGGCAGCACUCUUCACCUGGAUUGCCGCGAUAGCCCCCUCACUCUCGGACUGGGUGGCCGGCUUCGCUGCUGGGCGCUCCGCGCUGGCAGCCCCAGGCCGCGCGGCGGCCGUCGGCUGGGGUUCGGAGCCUCCGCUGUGGGACUGCUCCUGCUGGCACCUGCCCGUCGUCAGUGGCCUCGCGUUCUCGGCCGGCCUCGCUCUCGCCGGGCGCUUGGGGUUCGGGGUCCUCGAGGAGCUCUUCGUGCUGUACUUGAGCCGCUGUGCUGCAUGGCCCGACUCGACGCAGCCCCGUGCGAUCCACAGCGGAGCGAGACUGGCAGUCGGGGUGUACCCUCUGACGACGGGUCAGUCGUCGAGGUCUCUGCCGAACUACGUGGCGGAGGUUGUGCCGCUCGCAAUGUUCCUGACGGACGACGUACUGCACGGGCUGAUCGUGAGGGCCCGCAUCGAGGUGGCGUCCUUGCGGGAGUCUGAGCCCGAUCGCCACACGCCAGCAGGCCCGUCAUACUGCCUGUCGGUGGAGGGCCGCCAGCGCCCGCCCCGUCGCCGCCGCCCCCAGGGCGAGCAGGUGAGGCUCGCCGGCAAGGAAAGCAACCCACCUGUCGCCGACGCGGGCACUGGAACCGCCGAGUCACCUGGCGGCGCCGGGUACGCGGGCGGCAGCAUGCUGGCCGCCGACGGCGAGCGUCAUCGCUGGCUGGCCAGCAAGCCUGGUCGGAUCGGGGAGUUGGGAAUCCCUGUGCUGCACGCAUACGUCAUGAUCGGGCUGGGUGACCGCAGCGUCGCCGACAUCGACGGCGAGACGGUGCCGAUGCGGAGCGCGUCUGAGACCAACGUGGCCGACUACGCGACCAUGAAGACCUCGGCCUACGAGGUGGCGGUUCGCUACGUCGGCGGCGCGCCCAUCUACUUCGGGCGGCGUGUCGGGAUCGUGCCGAGCCGCGCGCUUUCCCACGGCGAUGGAGCCGAGCCGACCGCCCCUGCAGAUGCUGCCGAGCCGAGCGAUGUUCGCACUCUGUGGGUGGACACUGACGCCAUGAACGACCCGCUCAAGUCUUGGCGUAAUGAGGUCAUGGAGAGCUACCCCACGGUGUGGACUGACAGCCCUGUGGAGGCGCGGGUCUGCCCGAUGUUUAUCCCCAGCCACUCUGAUCGGCAUGGCGACAUCGUCAGGAGGUGCCUUGACCUCUGGUCUCGCUCGAAGAUUCUCUGGCCGCACGAGCAGGUCAUACACGAGCUCUCCGUCCUCUACGAGGUCAUCUACGAGGGGGGCUCCUACGACCAGCUCAACAAGCCAUCGCUGUUCAUCUUCGAGUGCAUAGCGCGCCGCUUCCAGAGUAAUGUGGACGUGUACUCGGGUGACUCCUCUUGGCCGCAGUGGGCCAGCGCAGGGCCCUACUCCAGCGUGGGUUUUGCGGUGGUCAUGGUCGCGCCCGAGCUGGAGCACUACGUGGCCAUGACGGCCGUGGGCGAGGCCGAGGUCGAGUCCAUGCGGGUGCAGGCCCGCAUCCUUUUGAUCUCUGCCGACGCCGCCGCUGCUGGCGGUCCCCCUGCCGCUGGGCGCAGUGCACCUGUCGCCGCCGUGGCGGGCCAGCCCUCCAAAGGCCGCGGGGUCUACGACACCGAGACGGCCUACACUACCCUGGCACCCUACCAACGGGGCGCGGUUUCUCUUCCUUGUGACGUCUCGACGGUCCCGGCCGUGGGAACCUUGGUCACGGGGCGCGCCCUCGAGUAUCUGGUAGAGGCAGAGGAGCAGAUGAUCAGGACCGAUGUUGAGGUCCAGCUUGACCGUGAGACGAAUGGCGAGAUCAAGAUCUACACCGACCCCCUGCUCGCCAAUAGUCGCCGCCGGUACUCCACCUACGUGAAGGAUCUGAAGCGGAAAGGCUUGGUGGGCUUCACCCGCGAUCCCAAGGAGUUCGCGGGUGUUUUCUUCGUCUGGAAGAAGGAGCGCGCCUCCAUGAGGAUGGUGCUCGACUGUCGCCGCUCCAAUCAACGUUUCGUGACCCCUCCUGGGGUCGAGCUGCUGUCGACCGAAGGGCUUGGUCGGAUCGAGUGCGACACGGAGCAGACCGGCACGUUGCCCAUCUUCCUGGGCAAAGCUGACGUGAAGGAUUGCUUCCACCGCAUGAUGUUCGGCAACCACCUCUCCAAGUACUUCUGCUACCCGGGCGGCCUGGCCAAGGAGUUUGGCAUCGUCGGGCAGCUGGUGGAGGGGGUGCCCGCUCGCGCUGACGACUACCUCUGGCCGUGCGCCCUCGCGUUGCCCAUGGGCUGGACGUGGUCGCUCUAUUUCGCUCAGGUGGCCAACCUCGGCCUGGUGGAACGGGUCCCCGCGGUGGCGUCGAGUUGCGCGGCCACCGAUCGAGGGCCCCCCAUCGUGCUGUCUCCGACCUCCUCCUGGCACUACGUAUACGUCGACAACGUUGGGCUCAUGUCGCUCGAUGCCUCCUACGUCAAGGGGGCUCUGGCGGACACCAUCGCGGCCUUCGACGCCGCGGGCCUCGUCAUGCAUGACAUCUCGGUGGACUCCGACACUGCCGAAGCGCUGGGAGUGACGCUCGAUGGCCAGAAACACCAGACCCUCGUCAACCACCGGCGCUACUGGAAGGUGAGACUCGGCCUCCGGUGGGCCCUCUCCUUGCGGCGCCUGGCAGGGCGAGAGCUCGAAGUAUUGCUUGGCCACUGUACAUUCGUUGGUUUGAUGUGCCGGGAGACCCUGUCCGUGCGGCACACCGUCUACACCUUCAUCCGUGAGCGGUACUGGGCCAAGAGCGACAUGUGGGAGUGGGAGUCCGCACGUCAGGAGCUCGAGUGCUUCCUCGGGCUGAUGCCGCUCCUUCGGUCUGAGUGGGAUCGGCCGUGGCUCACGCAGGUACUGUCCGUGGACGCCAGCCCGUACGGCUGA